UCCGGGCGUAGCAUAGUCACUUCAACUUCGCAAGGUGGAGAAACCAAACACAUCUUCUUGUGUCCCUUAUUUAAAAUUCACCUUAUCCUACGUGCAAAUCCUUAAUACAGACGAAUGAUGACGACCUUCUGCUUCCAAACACAGCUGGUGUCCAUCAUGGACGCGUUAUCCAAAGCGGCCGUGACUGAAAUCGGCAAACUGGUGGACAUCGAGUCAAAGAUGCUGAAAAUCGAGAUCACCCGUGGGCGGAACGAAAUCGCUUCUCUGACCGAGAAGCUGCAUCUGAUGGAGACUUUGCUGCAUAUGGCGCAACGGGGCAGGCAGCAGGACGUCCGAGAAGGGUUAGAAAGCGUCGUGCUGGAGCCUGACAGAGCAAGACCUCCUUCAAAAAGUGACUGUGCAUGGGAGAAGAUGAGCUCUUCACCUGAAACUAGCACUUUGCUCCAAGACGAGCAACAUCUCCCAGCCCAGUUGCCAACAGAGCAGACUGAGCUGUUGGUGGUAAAGGAGGAACCCGCAGAGGUGUUCGACAGCGAACCAGAACCGGAUCGGACCAACAACACCCAGAAGAUUCCAGAUGCGAGCCAGCGCCACAAACCCGUCCCCGAACGCCACCUUCCCGUGGUCCUCGACUGCUUCGUGAGCCUGAACGAACCCGAGAGGAGGGACGCGAACGUCAACCCGCAGUUCGCGCACGCAAACCACGAAACCGACAAAAGCGCGGUCCCGACCAACUCGCACCGUAACGGCAAGAUGCACCACGUCAGGACUUCCCCCGCCGCCAAAAGGUUCGGCUGCUUACAGUGCGGGAAGAGUUUCCGCUGCUACAGCCAGCUGGAAAUCCACCAGAGGAGUCACACGGGAGAAAAGCCUUUCCGAUGCACGCUGUGCGGGAAGAGGUACGCGCAGAAAGGCCACCUGUACACGCACCAGCGCACGCACACCGGGGAGAAGCCGUACCGCUGUCCCAUUUGCGGCAAGGGCUUCAUCCAGAAGUGUACCAUGGACAUGCACCAGCGCACCCACACGGGAGAAAAGCCCUUUGUGUGCGUGCAGUGCGGCAAGGGCUUCACAAAGAACUGCAAUCUGAAAAAACACCUCUUGGUGCACCUCGAGACCGAUUUGCAACUCUACGGAAGUAACGCCACGCUGAGCGAAACGUAUCUAAACGAAACGUCGGCGAACACCGUGCCCAGUCUUACGUAAAUCGGAAAUAAAAGAACGAUCUUUUUGUUUGUUUGUAUGUUGUAUGUGAUGACAUUACACCAGAGCGUAUCGAUAAUACCGUAAUAUUAAAACUAUAAGGCACACCUGCGUAUACAGUGUAUCACAAAAGUGAGUACACCCCUCGCGUUUCUGCAGAUAUUUAUAUCUUUUCAUGGGACAACACUAACAAAAUGACACUUUAACACAGACAUGUUCAAAGUCCGGCCCGGGGGCCAAAUGCGGCCCGUGGUCAGAUUUCAUCCGGCCCCCAGCCUCUGUCAUAAAAUCAAUAACGUCUGGCCCGCACACUGACUUAAUAAAUUGGUCAGCAGUACUGCUACAAGCAUAUGAAGUAGCUUACACACUAAAUGCUGCUCCUCAUUUACCAACUAAAAGGGAGCAGCACUCUUAACAACAUUACCACAUGUGAACCUUUACUCCCAAUUUUCUAAAAUGGCAACAAUCAACAAAAAAAAAAGUUGACUGCAACGACUGGAGCUUCAGGGAUAGGUGGAAACUGGACUAUUUCGUCAUUAAAAUACGCAACGACUGUGUCUGCCUCAUUUGUAAAGAGACAGUCGCUGUUUUUAAAGAGCUCAAUAUGAGGCGAUAUUACCAAACAAGACACGCUGACAUGUACGACAGGAUUACAGGGUAGAUACGUAGCGAGAAAUUGAAGAAACUGGAAGCUGGUUUAAUUUCACAGCAGCAGUAUUUCGCAAAAGCCAGAGAGUUGAAAGAGAACGCCACAAAGGCUAGUUGCAAAAUUGUUGAAAUUAUUAAUCAAAAAAAAAAAGUAGUGCUGCAACGAUUAAUCGAUUAACUCGAGUAUUCGAUCAGAAAAAAAUAUUCGUACUAAAUUUUGUUGCUUCGAGUAUUCGUUUAAUUGAAGUGACAUUGUAAUGGUUGAUUUUAAAAGUGUAUUUAAUUUUACUGAUGAGGGUGGAUACAAUGCCCUCUGGUCUGCAUCUUUUUACAUGGCUGAAUCCAACUGCUCCUUGUUAAGACCAACAUAAGCUAAGUUUUUGUUUGAGCGAAUGUUUUUUUAAUGCAUUCUUAAUUUAGUUUGUUGGUAUAUUUAGCCGUUUUUUUGUGGGAAUAUGUGUCUGAAUGAGUUAAGAGCAUUGUAAAAAAAAAAAAAAAAAAAAAAACCUUUAGCAUUUUAUAGCAUUUAAGCUAGCAGACUUUUUCUAUCCAAGUUAUCCUCAUUUAAAAAAAAAAAAAAUUAAUAUCGUUUGAGGCUCAGCUCAGGUGUUUUAAUUUUUCAUGUUCCUUAUCCGAUUACGCGAACAAACUAGUCCAUCGAUUAAUCGACUACUAAAAUAUUCGAUAGCUGCAGCCCUAUAGUAAAGCAAAUGUGACACACAGAACGGCUUGCUAAAAUUUGCUUAAAUAUAUUGUUCUACGUAAAGGACGUCAGCUAAGGUCGGCCCCCCACAUUUUUACCACACCAAAUCUGGCCCCCUUUGCAAAAAGUUUGGACACCCCUGCUUUAACACAAUGAAAAGUAGUCUGUGUGCAGCUUAUAUAAUAUAGUUAAUUUAUUUUCGCCUCAAAAUAACUAAGCCAUU